UUAAACAACUACAUGCCGGAAACAAAAGUUUCUGAGCCUUCUGCGAGUUCAACGCCUGAUGGAACUGCUGCAAAUAAUGCUACUGUUGUAAUGGCAUAUUCGUCACUCUAUGCAAUGGCUAUUAUUUGUAUUAUUUGGGGUACCAUCAGGUCAUUAGCUUUUGUCAAAAAUUUAAUUGAGAAGAAGGAACUUAUUGAAACAUCGAUAACUACGCGGGAAGCAAAACGAUUUCCUUUGACUGCUAGUGCUGUUCUUUUUACCCUUUAUCUAAUUUUCAAAACGAAUGAUGGAGGCAUUGGAUUUUUGCUUGAUAAAGUUCGACCCUAUAUGUCCUUAGCUGUCUAUGAGCGAUUGGAAUGGGCGCAAAAUUUUGUUCAGAGCAAACUUUCUCGUAACACUAUACCUAUUAUUAAAAAAUUUUCUAUAGUUCUUACCGCAACAAAUUCAACGCUAACUGGGGCAGCAGCAUCGGCAACAAAUUCAACUGUUAAUGGAACUAUCUUCAGUGGAAUUCUGCAAAAAGUGGCUUCUAUUCACCCUGUAGCUGGGACUUUGGUGGAUAAAUUACCUGAAAUGAACAAACAAAAUUUAAUUUAUUUUCUUUUGUUGUUGCUUUGUUGGGAAGGCUGCAUUGCUUUGGCCACCAUUUUGAAACCAUUUUUCUCAGCUUUUCUUUCAAGACUUCCAAUCGGAGACCGCUGGCCAAGACGCAAUGUUCCAUGGGUUUUGGUGCUUAAACGAGGCAAACAACCAAUGAAGGAAGGAAAAGUUGAAAUGGCUGGUAAAAAAGAAGUGGACUAUUUCCUUUUCUCGGAAUGGGAUACACAUUUAUCUAUUGCUGUACUCUGUUGCUCAGCUGUGGGUAUUUCACAUUUGUAUCGCCGCCAUUGGAUAACCAACAAUCUUUUGGGUGUUGCUUUUUCCAUUUUUGGCAUCGAAAAUCUUCAUUUGGCUAGUUUUAAGGCUGGAACUAUCCUUCUUGCUGGAUUAUUCAUUUAUGACGUAUUUUGGGUAUUUGCAACUGAUGUGAUGACAACCGUUGCCAAAGGUAUUGAUGCACCAAUUUUGUUAAUGUUCCCGCAAGAUUUACUUCGUAAUGGAUGGCUGAAUGCAAGUAAACAUGGCAUGCUUGGACUUGGCGACAUCGUAAUCCCAGGAAUCUUUGUUGCACUCCUCUAUCGUUUUGACCACCAUAUUGGCUCCAAACAGAAAGGAGGCGGUCAAAAGAAGCGCUAUUAUUGCUGGGUGACUAUAUUUGCCUAUGCUUUUGGAUUAUUUGUAACGAUGGGUGUUAUGCAUUACUUCAAGGCAGCACAACCCGCGUUGCUUUAUUUGGUACCCUCUUGUUUACUAUUACCCCUUGGAUUUGCUGCAUUGCGAGGUGAAUUUAGCGAUUUGUGGAACUAUUCGGAAGAACAUUUAGUAGAGAAGGAUGAAUCUGAUAAGAGCAGUAAAGACGAAGGAAGUGAUAAAAAGAAGAAAAAAGCAGCUAAUGAGACGGCAAACGCAACAUCAACAGCAGUUGGUGGUGGUAAAGCGCAAAAACAAGAGAAUAAAAAGUCUAAAUGA